AUCUUCUGGCUGGUUCCCCUACUACAGCCAGGCGGAGCAAACAGUCAUUGUCGAGCACUUAAGACUGAAGGAGGACACAGUCCAGCCGUGAAAGCGAACAGAUGUGAACCCGUAGACGAAAAGAGAACCAGCUGCAGAAAAGACGAAGAACCUGUGAUUGUGCUAUCAUGUGGCAGCCCGCGUCGGAGCGAUUGCAGCACUUCCAGACCAUGCUGAAAACAAAGCUCAAUGUGCUGACGCUAAGGAAGGAACCAAUGCCCACGGUGAUCUUUCAUGAGCCUGAGGCUAUCGAAUUGUGCUCCACAACGCCGCUCACAAAGAGCAGAACCUAUGCUGGAUACAAGGUUACUUACCUUGGUAAGGUUACUAUCUCUGGAACCCAGUUCCUGUCUGGCUGCACAGAAUCAGCAGUUGUAGGUCUGGUGGAACGUCGCGCCCUGGCAAAGCGUCAGGACACCUGCACCACAGGCAACUCUCUGCUGGAGAUCCGACCCUUCCAGGUGCGCCUUCACCACCUGGACGUGCACAGCGAUGCUCCAGUAUCCAUGAGCACCUACCAGGUGGCCCGGAUCGCCUAUUGCACAGCAGACCACAGGGUUAGGUCCAACAUAUUUGCCUGGAUCUACAGGGAGAUCAAUGACGAUCUGUCAUUCCAGAUGGACUGCCACGCCGUGGAGUGUGAGAGUAAGCUGGAUGCCAAAAAGCUGGCACACUCCAUGAUGGAAGCUUUCCGCAAGACUUUCCACAGCAUGCGCAGUGAUGGCCGUAUUCACAAGAGGGGUUUGUCGGAUGACUUUGCCGAGGACUCGUCCACCCCCGAUGACUUGACCCCAGAGGAUGGUUGAAUAGAAACCCCAAACAAAGCCAAAGUGAUGGGUGACUAGAAGGGUGGACAGAUCAAUUAUUUUCCAUAAUUUUCCCCUAACUCCUCCUAACUUUCUUUCUGCAAUCAAUUUGGAAUAUCACCAAGUGUUCCUGUGAGCUAACUCAUCCACGAUGAUAUGGUAGCUUUUAAAAACUGUAAAAUAGGAUCUUCGACAGUUAAAGAAUUCAGAAGAGAGAUCCAGUGGGGUCUCUCGUUGAACAUCCUCAAGGAAUCUUUUCUUGACCAUCAAAUGAGUUCAAUCCCAGUCCAUUGCUAUCGAAACCGAAAACUGCCUGUAUAUCGAACGGCCAUGGACCCACAUGGCUGUUCUUGCCAUGUAAAGAUCCAGCAGCAACAGACCUCUUCCCAACAAGGAGUUUAUUGUAGUUGGAGAUUAUUGUGUCUUAAUGUUAAUCAUCUGUUACAAUACCUUGGUUAAAAACAAUGUGUUAGACAGAACAGCUGAGGGUUCUGGAGUAGAACUCAUCACCACCAUACCUUAGUGAAUAAUGGAGGUAGAGCUUUUAGCUCUGCCUCUCUUUAUUUGAUUCCCACAGUUCCUGGGUAUGUUCAAUGUGCUAGAUGAUUCUACUAGAGAAAGAAAAGUUUCUUUUCCAGUUCUUUAAGCCUUUUUGUCAUAAAAAAACCUAUAUCAACUCCACAUGGCUCCUGUUUUUAAAUAUAGCAAAAUCCAAGCAUAACUAUGCCUGUCAAGAUUGUGUGCCUCACUUUUAUCUUUUAUUAGUUGGAUUUUUCACCGACACUCUUCCCACCUCCAUCACCCCCUGCAACUGUGUGUACACAUGCCCUCCGUGUUUGUAUCACACUGUACUUUGUAUUGUAUGUUCCCAACUGUGUUUAUGACUGAGGUUACUGCUUACCUCUGUACUUUGUGUAUAUGAAUGACACAAGUAUUUGCAUCUCUGAGCGUGACAAUUGAGGUACGGGAGAAGAUGACAGAGGGACAGACUCCUUAUGAACCCAGCAUAUGUCUGUGAUGCACAGAAGAGGUCAUAAAAAAAGAAAAAACAAACAUGCCACUGUGACCCCUUUGGCAUGAUUUUGUUUCUUUGUAACAAAGAAAAUAAAAUACAAAGUACGAGUUUCAAAAGUGCCAGUCGCAAAGUUUGGUGCACAGUUUGAGGAAAACAGUAACACCUUUUGGAUACUGCCAAACCUAUGAUGAUCACCUCAGACCUCACAUAUUCAGUCAUAUGCAUCCAACAGUUGUCUCCUGGUGUUCUCACAGGCAACCACAGAGGGGGUUAAGGUCUAGUAAUGUCUGUGAGUGUUGUCUCCUGAGGGUGCCAUCAUGGAACAAAAAAAAUGCAAAAUCUUGCACUACCUUCCCAUUUUUUAUCUGAAAUGUAUGAAAGCCUGGACUCAGCAGAAACACUUUGAUGAGUUUGAUGAAAAAUCUAUUUUUCCUCUGCUCUAUACACACGGUCUGUCCACCUUCAUACAAUUAUACAUAUGUACACACAUUGUAUUAAAUUUUGCUCAAUAAGCUUAUGUAAAUACAAAAUAAAAAGUACACUUUCCAGAUAAUACAAUAUAAGUGUUGAUAGCCAUUUUAACAAUUAGAAAAAAUACAUUGAGGACACCAUAUGAUACAGAAACAGUGUUAUGAAGCCUACUGUGAAUAAUGAGUGAGGUGUUUGACACCUGUGGUUAUGUGAGCUUGCACGCAUGUGUGUGCGUAGCAGUUGUGUAUGCAGAGAAGAUGUGUAGGGAUGUUUAUAAAAGCUGUAGAAUACUGUCACAUCUGUCUCGUGCAUCAGAAGCGCUUUAAGUGUUUAAAACAUGUUAAGUGUUUUCUAUACAGUGUUUGGAAAGAUAAAGAAACUGUUGCAUAUAAAGUAUUUACCAAACAAAA